CUUCAGUUUUUUUAUUUUUCUCAUUUCUAGCACUCACAGAGGUCCUUUUCUCAAGAAAAAUAAAAUUAAUAUUUAAUAUUUAAAAAAAAAAAAAAGAGAAAAACCCACAGAGUUUUCUUCUCCGGCGCCUGAAAAUAUCUGUGGCGAUCACUCCGGCGAGAUUGAUUGAGCAGGGGGCUUUUUCGAGCUGUGAGCUUUGAGCUUUUUGCAUGGUUAAUGUCAGUGGCUUUAGUGGGCGAAAUAGUGCAGUAAAUGCUAAAGAGGGUUCUGAGAGUGUGGAAAAGAAACUGAAACUUGAUUGUGUGUGGGGGGGAGCGAGUUCGUUGAGUGAAGCUGAGGCGACUCGCUGAGCCUUUUUUUUUCCUUGAAAAAUGUCUUUUCAACCCAAAAGCUUUUGGAUGCCUCGAGAUGCUGGAUGUCUCACUGAUGGUGAUAUGGGGUAUGAUAAUUCCCCCAGAAUUGAAGCAAAGCGGGGUCAGUGGUUUAUGGAUGCCCAUGGACCAGAAUCGUUCAGCAACAAGAAGCAAGCAAUGGAGGCUGUUAAUGGCAGACCAGUUUCAGGAGUUCCACAUAUGAAUAUUUUGCCAUGGGAUAAUUCUUCUGGUUUUCAGUCAGUUCCAGGGCAAUUUUCCGACCGCCUGUUUGGAUCUGAACCGUUACGGACUGUUAAUCUGGUCGAUAGGAACAUUUCGUCUAUUGGCAGUGGAAACAUGAAUAUCGCAAGAAAGGAUUUUGAGAAUCAAUAUGGAAACAAUCCAUCAGUGGGUUUGUCAAUUUCUCAUACCAUGGAAGAUCCCUCUUCAUGUAUCAAUUUUGGUGGUAUCAGAAAAGUUAAGGUCAAUCAAGUUCGGGACUCUGACAAUGUUUUGUCUCCAUCUAUGGGAAACUCGUAUAGUAGAGGAGACAAUAACACAAUUCAAGUGGGUACCACCUUUAAUAAGACUGAUAACAAUGCCAUUUCACUGGGUCCUACUUAUAACAAUGGUGAAGAGAAUACAAUCUCGAUGGGCCCUCCAUAUAACAAGGCAGAUGACAGCUUCAUCUCAAUGGGUCACAGUCAUUCUUUUAAUAAAGGAGAUGGUAAUUUCAUUUUGAUGGGUCAUAAUUAUAGCAAGAGUGACAAUAGUAUCUUAUCAAUGGGUCAACCGUACGACAAGGGGGAUGGCAAUUUUAUAUCAAUGGGUCAAUCAUAUGAGAAGGGAGAUAGUAAUACCUCUUAUAACAAGGGGCAUGAGAAUUUUAUUUCCAUAGGUGCAUCUUAUGGUAAAGCAAAUGAGAAUUUCAUUUCGAUGGCUCCUUCAUAUAUUAAGGGGAAUGAUAAUAUCAUAUCGAUGGGUCCAAACUAUGACAAGGCUAAUUCGAAUGCAGUACCUGUGGGUCCAAACCUUGAUAAGGGAGAUUCUAGCAAUCUUUCUAUGGGUCAGAACUACAGCAAGGGUGAGAGUAAUACCAUAUCUUUCGGAGGCUUUCAUGAUGAAUCUGAGACUAAUCCCUCUGGUGGGAUUAUUAACAGCUAUGAUUUGUUGAUGAGCAAUCAGAACUCUACUCAGUUGUUGGAAGUAUCUGGCCAGAAAGAUCCAAUUGAAUCUAAUGUGGAUCCAAACAACAUGCCCAAAACUGGUUCUAGGACUGAUAAUGUUUCCAAGAAUAAAGAACCAAAGAAUUCUAAGAAGGCUCCUGCAAACAACUUUCCUUCUAAUGUGAAAAGUUUGUUAUCAACUGGUAUGUUUGAUGGGGUUCCUGUAAAGUAUGUUUCCUGGUCGCGGGAGAAAAAUCUUAAGGGAGUUAUAAAAGGUACAGGGUACCUAUGUUCCUGUGCUGAGUGCAAUCACUCGAAGUCUCUCAAUGCUUACGAGUUUGAGCGUCAUGCUGGUUGUAAGACCAAACACCCUAAUAAUCACAUUUACUUUGACAAUGGAAAGACCAUCUAUGCAGUUGUUCAAGAGCUGAAGAACAAGCCUCAGGAGAUGCUGUUUGAUGCAAUCCAAAAUGUGACGGGGUCUCCUAUUAAUCAGAAAAAUUUUCGUAUUUGGAAAGCAUCAUAUCAAGCUGCUACCCGCGAACUUCAGCGUAUCUAUGGCAAGGAUGAAGUCGCAAUGCCAUCUUGAGAUGAGAAUCUGCCUUUAUAAAGUUUCUGAGGUAGGUCAAUAUGGGAUCUGUGAAUAGCACCACAUAAUACAGCUUAUAGCAAAUACAGACUCAGUUUGGAAUUUUAAUAAUUUAAGCUGUUGGAUGUUUAUAGUUGUUUUGGCUAUUUACUUUUUGUUGGUUAAGACAUUUAAUUUAUUAUGGAUUUUGGAAUGUUCAUAUUCUCAAUUAUGUGAUUGAAGCACCAUAGGUGGUUUAUCCCUA